CCGUUCGCCGCGAAACUCGAAAUCAUCAAUCGGGUUGAGCGCGGUAAAAAGAAGUCUGACGUUGCCGCCACGUACAAAAUUCCAAGGAGCAUCUUAAGUACUAUCCUGAUGAACAAGGCAGACAUCAGGGCCAAAUCGACAAAUGCCCGUGGCGCCCGACGCGUGCGCGCUGCUGUGUACGAAGAUGUUGAAGGGGCCGUUUACAAGUGGUUUGUGGACGUUCGGUGGCGAAACAUCCCGGUGUUUGGCCCUAUGAUCGAGCAGAAAGCCAAGGACCUUGCUUUUCUGCUUGGCAGGAAUGAUUUCCGAGGCGGUUCAGGCUGCCUUCCGCGGUUCAAAGAACGGCACGACAUUGUUGGCAAAGCUGUUACAGGUGAAAGCAAAGCGGCGGACCUGGACAGCGUAGAAAAAUGGCUCGAGGAAAACUGGCGACAUAUCGCAGCAAGAUAUAGAGUCGAAGAUAUCUUUAAUGCAGAUGAAACCGCUCUAUUUUGGCAAAUGUUGCCAAACAAGACA